GAAUGUUCCGUCCAGCAUCCACUGCUAUGCACCGUACGUCUGGCUUGGUCCGUCCAUCUUUCAGGUCGUUUGCCGUGCUAGCAAGCUCUCCAAAUCCAGUGAUCUACAGUCGCAAUGGCUUCCAGCCAGUUGUUGCUCCUGCUGUCGUCAAGACUCUCUCCAAGGCUGAAUCUGGUGUCAAUGUGGCCACGUACGACCACUUUGGGCCUGCUUCGACUCUGGCAAUUGUGGUCAAUGCUGGCUCUCGCUUCGACACUGCUGAUGCUCCUGGAACUGCUCAUAUGCUCAAGGCUUGUCUUCUUAGAGCUCUUCCAGGUGACAAUUUGGCUCGUACUAUCCGUGAAGCCGAACUUCGUGGUAAUACCCUCCACGCAUCAGUAAGCCGUGAGCACAUUGUCUUGGCAUCCGACUUUUUACGUGAUGAUCUAGUCGAUGCUGUUCCUACUCUUGUCUCGCAUAUGUUCAACCGCUCGUUUCAACCAUACGAAUUUUUGGAUGCUGCUCCUCAUGUCGCUCAACAGACUGAGGCCUCUCUUGCUGAUCCUGCUACUGCCCUGUUUGAAAAACUCCACCAGGUCGCAUUCCGUAAUGGACUCGGUAACCCUCUUCUUGCAUCUAGCGAGGCUAUCCACGGCCUUAAUCGUGCCAAAUUGUUUGAGUUUGUUGAUAAAUACUUUACUGCUGAUCGCAUCACCGUUGUUGGAUCUGGCAUUUCCCACAACGAUCUGAAGACUCUUGUUGACUCUGCAUUUUCAAAGGUUUCUCUUUCUACUGGAAAAUCCAAUCCACAAAAAUCCCGUUAUUUUGGCGGUGAAGUUCGUAUUGAGAUGGGACCUCACUCUGAGGCACAUUAUGCAGUUGCCUUUCCCGGUGUCGCAUAUACCGCUCCAGAAUAUCAGGCAUCGCUUGUUCUUCAGGCUCUGCUUGAUGGCUCCAAGCGUGUCAAAUGGGGUGCUCGUUCUGGUGCACUUGCCAAGGCUAGCACUGAAAAAACAAUUUCAACCUCAUUUACCACAUCUUACUCUGAUGCUGGUUUGUUUGGUAUCCAUGUCGUUGGUGCUACUAACGAGGUAAAACAAGUUGUAUCCAAGUCUCUUGAAACUCUUCGCAGUCUUUCUUCGAGCAUCACCACAGAAUCAUUUUCAGCUGCACAAAAGGCUGCCAUCAUUUAUGCCGAAGAAGGUCAGACUCGUGAAAACCUUGUCGACUUGAUUACAAAAGGUGCUCUUUCAAAUGCCACGUCCCAGGCUGGUUCAGAGGCUCACUCUAUCAACAAAGUGACCGUUGCAGAUGUCCAAAAGUUGGUCAAAAGCAUGCUUUCCGCCAAGCCAUCGGUCGUGUCUAUGGGUAAUACCUUGACACUCCCCUACGCCGAGGAAUUCCAAGUUUAGCAAUGUUAAUCAUAAAGGCAUUACUGUUUGGCCAUCUACAAGCCUGUUCUCUGCUUUGUUUCAACUUACCUUUUCUCACCCCACCCACAAUCUAAAGAAAAAUACAUUUCUUUGGUUUGAAGAAUAAAGGCCUAUCCAUUAUUGUUCAAAUU